UAGGCCUCGCCUUAGGCCUGGGCCUGGGCCUGUCCGCCGGCGCGGGCCCUUCCUCACGGGCCAUCCCUCCUCCCGGUUCCCCGAGUGGCCUGGCUAGGUCCGACAAAGAGCGGGUGGCCGUGGGCCGGGCUCGCUGCCGGAGGUUGGCUUCCCGGAGCCCCCCGGGAGGGGCCGGGUCCCCGGUGCGGCUGGGGAUCUCGCCGCUGUGACCGGGCGGGCUGUGGCUUGUGGCCACCGGAGGGGAAAAACUGGUAGUGCGCGGCAGUUUCCUAAAGAUGCGGGUAAUUUCGCCGCUGCUUAAAAAGGCUGCUUACCUACUGUAAGUCAGGCGUUCUCCCUGUGCACGCACGCAGGCACGUGUUUAAGCUUUCUAUCUGUUUAAUUGCUUGGGGGUAGCUGAACGGUCCAAAAGAUUAAGAUGUCAGAGGACCUUGCUAAGCAGUUGGCGAGCUACAAAGCUCAGCUUCAGCAAGUCGAGGCUGCCUUAUCUGGCAAUGCAGAAAAUGAAGAUUUACUAAAACUGAAGAAAGACUUACAGGAAGUGAUAGAAUUAACCAAAGAUCUCCUUUCAACGCAACCUUCGGAAACUCUUGCAAGUUCGGACAGUUCUGCCUCUGCUCUGCCCAGCCACUCCUGGAAGGUUGGGGACAGGUGUAUGGCCAUAUGGAGUGAGGAUGGACAGUGUUAUGAAGCUGAGAUUGAAGAAAUAGAUGAGGAGAACGGAACAGCUGCGGUCACCUUUGCUGGCUAUGGCAAUGCUGAAGUUACACCUCUCUUCAACCUCAAGCCUGUGGAAGAGGGAAGAAAAGCAAAAGAGGACAGUGGCAACAAACCCAUGUCCAAAAAAGAGAUGAUAGCUCAGCAACGAGAGUAUAAAAAGAAGAAAGCUUUGAAAAAAGCUCAGAGAAUUAAAGAACUUGAACAGGAACGAGAGGACCAGAAAGUCAAGUGGCAACAGUUUAACAACAGAGCCUAUUCUAAAAACAAGAAAGGCCAGGUAAAGAGGAGUAUUUUUGCUUCCCCUGAGAGCGUCACUGGCAAGGUUGGAGUUGGAACAUGCGGAAUUGCAGACAAACCCAUGACACAGUAUCAAGAUACCUCUAAAUACAACGUCAGGCAUUUGAUGCCUCAGUAACAGGGGAAAAGGGUGGAACUUCAUCUCUGCAGGGCUUUACACUUAUCUUUUUAUCAUUAUAUUUUUCUAAAAGUAAAUUAUUUGUUGGCACAUAGCGAAUAGUCCAUUUGUCACCAUUACUUUGGCUUCAGCUGAUACGAGCCUUAAAUCUCCAGCUCUUGAUUUGACCCCCCCCAAUCAUUAAACUUUUUGUAGUUGCAUUAAAAUACAUUCUGCAGGUAAAUGCUUUCAUGAACUGCUGUUACCUGUUACUCUGAAAGCAGCAGUUUUCUGCAGCUUUCAUCUCUGGAAUCUUCUAUUCAUACUAGUAGUGAUUUUUUUUAUUUUUUCCCCUUAAGAAAAGCGGUGGUAUAAAAAUGGCACCUUAACAGCCCCCCUCGUUUCCAUGGUCAUGGUGCUGUCUGCUGUCUCAGCGUUACAGAGCUGCUGUAAUGGGAGAGAGAGCUCCACUCUGUUGUGGCUUAUACAUCACAUGGAAUUGCUAAGGAAGUUGUAAAUUACUCCCUUACAAAUCCCCUGCAGAUCGAUUUGUGCAGCUGUAACUGAGGGCAGAACAGGGCUGAUAGGAUCUUUAUUACUAAUGAUGAUUCAUGUGCUAGAAACAAUGAAUCUGACUUUAAUUCCAGUUUGAAUUUCCUGCACUAGAAGUUAAGCAGAGGAGAUACUGGUGGGUUUUUUUUUUUUCUUUUUAAAUACUCAUCAAAUCUUAAUAGGAAGUUAUUGAAAGGUUAUUGAAAUGUAACCAGAAAAAGAACAUAGGACAAGGUAUUUAGCUUCUGAUUUCAAAGUAGAGAACUGUACUUAAAAAUACCCCCCCUGCCCUCCCCAAGGAUUAGAGAGCUGGAGAAGGUGAGUGGUUGUACUUUAGACAGGAGCCAUCAGCUCCCCUCUGGUAGGUCCUGUAGGAUGGAUGGUGCAGUCACAGGCAGGAACAGCUCGUGCCUGGUUCUGCCCCAUCCAGGCCAGUGGAACUGCAGCACAGCGGGUCCUGCUUACUUAGCUGUGAGGGAGUAAAGGUGAGGCUGAAAUUUCUGUCUUAAUUAACUGCCUGGCCCUGGUGUUCACUGUCACUUCAGCUGUAUUACAGUGCUGCUGAGCCCCUUCAGUCUCGGUCAGGAAACCACGUGUAAAAGCUCUUGCUUUCUUGUGUUUUCUAUGUGAUUUGCUUUCCUCUGUUACUUGUCUCUCACUUAUGGUAGUGGUGCCAUCUCUGAACCCGUAAUGUGUUUAAAGAAGUUAAUGGGUAGCCCUGUAUACAAUGUAGAUAUUAUUUUUGUAAAAUCUAGGGCUGAGUUAAUGGACAAGAGUACAUCAGCCGUUUCCCCCAUUAAAUAAUUAAAGGGUGUUUCUUGUCCAUUAACCCUGACCAUUAUUUCCCUGUAUAUUAUGUUAAUGUAGCUCAUUUUGUAAUUUGUUAACUAGAUCAGGUCACGUCAGCAAUUGUUGAUGCACUGAUUGGUGGAACUGUCCAUCAGUUACCUGAGUCACAACUCAAGCUAAACUCUACAAGCGGUAGUUUAGAAUCCAUACAUAGAAAAAGGUUCUCCCUAUAAUGGGAGAAGGUGAUUUUUAUGAAUACAAAGUGUGUUAAUUUCAGUUUUGUAUGUUUAACUUUUAUUAAAUAAAGUGUUUAAAAUCUGCUGGA